AUGGGCCUCAUUUCAGCUUUCACGCUCAUCAGAGCCGUCUCGCUCUUUCACAUUACGGCGGCCUACUUCUUCCUCACGGCUCCCAAGAUUCUGUCGGAUCAGAAUGUCGUCUUUAUAUUGGGAGAGUCUAUGCAAAUUCCACACGCCAGUUCCCUCGACAAACCAUCCGAUGCAUCAGCUUUUGCCGGAAUGCUGCUGGCACUUCUCGGCAUUGCAGACUUGACCGCGGCAUCGAUGGAGGAAUCGUUUGCGCUCCAUUACUGGUUGUCCAACGUACCAGUCCGAUUGGCCUUCUUGUUCGGCCUCACCGGCUAUGUGUACUUGUUCAAGGAAGGUGGGGUGUUUGGCAGUGCUGUUGGCUCCUGGCGCAAUGCGUCCAUCGGCGAGCCCCUUCAGAACAGUCUGGUCUUCACCUUUGGCUUUCUCGAAGUCGCCGUCUGGUUUUGGAUUUUCACCUGCCUGAGAGACGACAGGCGCGAGGCCUUGCGCAAACGAGUGGAAGCCGCAAAGGCAGAAGCAGACCAUCUCUGA